UGCGCAGGAUAAUCCAUCACGGCCAGCCCGUCGUCUUAAUCACUUGUCUCGCUUCUCGUCAUCAUCACCGUGGACAGACGGACACACAAGCACACCACUCCAACAAUCACUCCCUCUGUAGAUCCUCUCGGUGACCGCCCCCAUUCACCUUUUUUCGGCAUCACUUCCCUGCUGCUCACUUGACUGCAACUGUCUUGCAGCACAAGAUCCACCUCACACGCCAGUAAAGGUCACGGGUCCAAUCACAAGUGCAGCCUCAAGCUCUUGUUAUCACCACCACCUGCCGCUCUUCACAGUCCGUCACUGCACAACAGGCUCUUGCUCCCGGAUCAGGCGCUUGCGUUCCGCUACUCAACUCAAGCUCACCUACAUAAUCAGCAAGGCCUAGCGUUUUGCUCCACGUCUUCCCACAGCCAAAUUCAACAACCAUCACCAUGUCGUCUCUCUCACGAGCCUUCACUACCCGUCGGGUCAAGCAGAGCAUAGAUCUCUCCGACGCCGCGCGGGGGAAGGAGCGUAGCAACGCCAUGCAACGAAGCAAGACCACUAAGCACCCCGUCAUCAGACACAAGAUCUCUGCGCCCAUGGAGCUUGUUCACACCACCAACAUGCUCUCAUAUAACGCUCCCGAUAUUCGACCCAGAACCGGAACCGAUGCCUCGAGCAACUCGUCCAGGAAGUCGUCAGAGGAGGAUUCGGAAAGCGCCAACUCCGCCGCAUCGUCCCCGCCGACCAGCCCCGACGUCGCGCCUCACGAGUUGUCCAAGGAGCCAAACCACCUUUCCUGCUACUUUGUCGCGCCAGGUCAGGCUGUCAACUCUUCGAUCCCUGAAGUCCCCGCCAUUCCUUCCAUUCCCAAGCGCGCACCCUCGCACACGAAGCAGGCCUCAUACGACGCCGUCGCCCGCCAGCGCUCAGUCUCCCAGAUGUCCAAGGCUUCCGACAAGACCGUUUCCUCAAAGGCCAGCAUGACUUUCUCCUCCCGAGCGUCAUCGGGUUCCAGCUCCGCCUCUACUAUGUCUCACAGCUCAGUCGCCCCCGCUCUCAAGACCCCUGUGCCGCCUAUGCCCACGCCCGCAUUCCAGCAUCACCACCAGCCGAGACAUGAGAAGCCUGCUGAGCCGCACCCCUUCGGCCGCGAGUUGGCCCAGGUUACGGAAAUUGCAGAGGAGUUUGGCAUCAAGGACGAUGUUAUGUACGAGGAGGAGCGUGCCCUCAAGGCGGAGGGUCUAUGCAAGUUUGCUGCCGAGGACUACCUGACGGAGGUUCAAAGCAUCUUCGCCAGCUUCUUCCACGACAGCCACACAACUCAACGUCCCAUGGCUGCCGCCGCGUGGAUCUGAUACGUUGAUCUUUCUUACAGCCAGCUUGGCGCCUACUCAAAAACUCUUCUUUGUACAUACUUGCAGGAAGUAAAAAACAACCUGACUACGACCUCGGCCUUUUUUCUUUGGGAAGGAAGAUGAUGAAAAUGAGACCUUUGGCUCAGACAGUAGCCUCACAUGGAGCGGACACUUCGCGAAACGGAGGGAGAUU